AUGGCGUCUUCUACUUUUGUUGUAGUCUCUUCUCUUUUAGCCUUCGUCCUUUCACUUCUCUUCUCCAAUGGCGUCGUUCCCAUGCAUGCAUCUUUCACAAACGGUGUCCCUUUCACCAUCUGCAAGAAAACUAGAAACCCUUCUUUAUGCUUUAACGUCUUGAAAUCUGCUGGCACCACAAAUCUCAAACGCCUCGCCACUUACACCCUCGACCUCGCCAACAACAAGGCUGCUCAAAGCCAUGCCCUCGCCCAGUCCCUGGCAUCCAAGUCCGCUGAUCCCAAGCUUAAGGAGCGCUACGCCAUCUGUGCCGAACACUACAACAACGUCGUCGUCGUCAUCGAGGGUGCGAAGAGCAACUUGGGAAAAGGUGACUACAAUGGUGUCAACAUUCAGGCCUCUAGAGCCAUUACCGAGGCCAGCGACUGUCUGGACAACUUCACGCAACCGCCAAAAGACCCAUCAACGCUGUCGGGCAAUGGGAAGGCUGUGGAAGAUAUUUGUAAUAUUGUCUUGGUUAUAGCCAAUCUUCUUCUUGGGCGUGCCUAA